GCUCUCAAUUUUUCAGUUUCUGUUUCGGACAAAAUAAGAAAAAAAGUUUGUGAAACUUUACUCUCUCAGAGAGAAUCGGUCAUGGCUGAGAGCGAGAGCCUCAAAGCUCUCCAACUACAACAAAACAAACGACAUAGUAAGGAACAAAACGACAGCAAUCUAGAAGUAGAAGGAGAAUUAGAAGACGAAGAAGGGGAAGAAGACAUCGAUGACGAUGACGACGACGACGACGAAGAAGAAGAAGAAGAAGAAAAGAGUCAACUCAGUGAGUUACAGCAACUAACUGAUUCUCAACUCGUCUUAUCGACCUCUCAAGUGGAGGAUUUGAGGGAGUUGAAAUUGGAAACCUUAGUGCAGGCGCCUUCCAAUGCGAUAUUAUCGGAGAACGAUCAGUGUGUAGGUUCACAGGAUAAUUCACCUUUAGAAACGCAUGUGGAAGCUGAAUUCAAGAGGCAAGAUGGGGUGUCACACGCAAAAGUUUUGGGAAGUGCAACAACCCAGGGUGCUGGAGCUCAGAUCCAAAAUGAGCUUCAAUCUUCUAUAUGCUCAACUUCUUUGUCAGAACUUUCACCAACUUCUGUUACCCAACCGAUUUCAUCUGCUUCAGGUCCAACUUUACCAGAACCAAGACUGUCACCAUCCAAGGCUUAUAAUGCAUCUACACAAGAAGCUGAUCGACAAAAUUCUUCUGAUCUUAAAAGUCUCUCUGCUCCCAUUGUGAAAACACGUAUCCCUGAUGCUUACAACUGGCGGAAAUAUGGUCAGAAGCAAGUGAAGAGUCCUAAAGGUUCUCGAAGCUAUUACAGGUGCACAUACUCUGAUUGUUGUGCCAAAAAGAUCGAGUGUUCAGAUCAUUCAGGCCACGUGAUUGAGAUUGUUAAUAAAGGAACCCACAGUCAUGAUCCACCUCAAAAGAAUAACUACAAAAGGGAAAGCAAGGUUGCAUUAUCAUCUCGGCCUAUUUUGAGCAAUAGUUUAAUGGAACAUUCCAUUAGCAUACUUAAGGAUUCAGAUCAGGCCACAUUGCCAAAAGAAUGUAUGCAGGAAACACCCAUGAUUCCUGACAAAAAGCGGCAGAGUUCAAGUGGCUCCAAUUGGAAUGGGAGAAUUCAAAUCAAAGAGGAGCACGUCUGUGAGCCUGAACCAAAACGAAGGGUGAAAAAGGAGAACUUAGAAUGUUCAGGUACACUCCUAAAACCUGGAAAGAAACCAAAAUUUGUUGUGCAUGCAGGGGCUGAUGUGGGAGUCUCAAGUGAUGGGUACAGAUGGCGCAAAUAUGGACAAAAAAUGGUGAAGGGAAAUCCCCAUCCCAGGAACUAUUAUCGAUGCACAUCUGCUGGAUGUCCUGUUCGUAAGCACAUUGAAACAGCGGUAGAUAACACAAAUGCUGUCACUAUAACAUACAAGGGAGUGCAUGACCAUGGCAUGCCUGUACCAAAAAAGCGACAUGGUCCGCCAAGUGCUCCCCUUGUUGCUGCUGCUGCUCCUGCUUCUAUGAACAAUUUGCAACUCAAGAAAACUGAUACAUUCCAGAAACAAGUAACAUCAACCCAAUGGUCAGUGGGAAAGGAAGGUGAAUUAACCAGUGAACCCUUAGACCUUGGAGGUGAGAAGGAGAAGGCAAUGGAAUCAGCUCGAACUCUUCUAAGCAUCGGAUUUGAAAUCAAGCCUUGUUGACAGAUCCUUCUCCCGACUAUGUCACGAUAAAAAAUUAUCCAUGAACAGGCCUCCCUUGAAAAUUGCAUAGCUGUUUAGAUGUGAAUUAUCACGUUUGAUGAUUUUUUUCCCCCUUCACUAUUUUUUUUUUUAAUUUUCAAUUUUCCUUCGUCCAGGCUUCCAGCCUUUCGUCAGACAUUUGUAUAUUUUGCAUUGUACGCAAUCAGGAAUCGUUUGAAAGGUAGUAACUUAAUAGUAUUGGAACAUAGAAUUGGAUGACACCAAUUUUUCCA